AUGCAGGAUGAGUUUGUGAUGUCAUACUGCAAUGCAUGCCUUGGCUCUACGGAUCCGGACUAUCAAACGUACAACUUCGCGGUGUCCGGGGUGCUGUUGGCGCUAGUCGGGCUGGUGGGGCUGGUCGGGAACGUGCUCGUUGUGCGGGUCUACCUCUCACGCUCACAACGCAUCCACUCGACGCCCAUCUACCUGGCCGCGCUGGCCACGUCCGACUUUUUCUUGAUCCUCACCGCCAUGUUUCUGUUCGUGCUGGAGGCGUGGCGGCAUCACAAUUAUCCAUUUCUGGCGUGGCUCUACACAACCGGUGCCCCAUUCAUCUUCCCGUUGGCCGCCGUUUUUCAGACGUCUUCAGUAUAUCUCUGCGUGGCAGCCGCUGUCGAUUGUUUCAUCACGGUCGUCUUGCCAACAUCUGUACGCCAACUUUAUUGCACACCAAGGCGCGCCAAAAUCACCGUCAUCUGGAUCAUGAACUUUUGCGUUUUCUACAACAUCCCGCACGCAUUUGAGAUUGAAAAGGUGCCGUGCAUCGGGGACAACGGGUUGAGCUCACAAAUUUGCCCCACCGACAUUCGGAAAGACCCCAUCUACUACACGAUCUACUACACCUACAUGUAUACCACUUUUCUGGCCGUUGGCCCGUUGAUUCUGUUGAUUCUACUGAAUAUUUGUGUGGUGUACACGGUGGUGACGCGGAAAGAGGAUAAUGGAGAAGAAUCCGACACGGUCAGCCUAAUCCUCGUCGUGUUCUUCUUCAUCUUUUGCAACUUUACGGCCCUGCUCGUCAACUUCCUCGAGUUGAUAUUCAUGUACCAGGUGGGUCAACUGGGUGAUAUCCUGGUGUAUCUCGUCGAUUUGUCGAAUUUGUUGAUUGUCAUCAACGCGACGGCAAACUUUUUCUGUUAUUUCCUGUUUGGAGUGUCGUUCAGAAGAACACUCAUCGCCAUUCUGCGACGACCAAAAGUGAAAAAUACCGAAAUCAUCUGGGAAAACGGCGCCACAAAAAUGACGGACCCACACACACUUUCAACUUUUCUC